AUGCUUACAGACGAUCUUACAAGCACCUCCAAAUACGAUGCAGGCCUUCAGUCUGAAGCGUACUAUCGCACUCGGAUGAGUGCGUUUCAGUUCAAACUCAGAUCAAAGCUUUUGCGACUCGUCCAACGUGAAACGCCUCUUCUUUCCAAAAUACAGAAAACAUGCUACACAGACUGGCUAGACAUCUACUUCACAUAUUCAGCAAACCUCGGGUCACACACAUUCUAUGUGCUAUGUCUGCCGCUCCCUGUGUGGUUUGGGUUCACCUAUCGUGACUUGGUCUACGUUCUGGGACUAGGCAUUUUUUUUACGGGCGCAGUCAAGGAUUACCUCUGUCUUCCUAGACCACGCUGUCCGCCCCUCGUCCGCAAAACUAUGAGCCACUAUACGUCGCAGGAGUACGGGUGUCCCUCGAGCCACUCAGCCAACGCGUCUGCGGUCUUUAGUCUGUUUUCAUACUACAUACUAGCCAAUGUUGACUCGUAUACGGUCACGACGGCUACGCUCCUCAUGCUUGCUCUAUUUUUGUACUUCGCCUCAAUGGUCUUUGGAAGGAUUUAUUGCGGCAUGCAUGGCAUUGUGGAUGUCAUGGUGGGCAUAUUGAUAGGCACAUCGACGGUAAUUCUGAGACUGAUUACCAAAACCAACUGGGAUUCUUUUCUGACCAGCAACUCGGUGCUGGCACCCAUUAUCGCCGUGGGAGUGUAUUACGCGUUACUAUACUUCCACCCUCUUCCUAUUGACCACUGUCCGUGCUUCGAAGACACUGUCGCGUUUAUCGGUGUGCUGAUGGGCCUCGAUAUGGGAUUUUGGUUGCUCGCCAACUCUUCUUACAAGGCCGCAGAUAUGGAGUACCACGGUUCGUGCAAAUACUCUCUGGAGCAACUGGGAUACAUAAAAACCGCUCUUAGACUGGCCUUAGGAAUUUCGAUUCUGGCCUUGUGGAAGACCCUUGCUAAGCCACUGCUCACGCGAAUGUUUAAACCUAUACACUCACGGGUAUUCGCAAGUCACGCUACCAAACUCCGCAACCCGAGCGAUUGUGCUGCAUUAAGGCCACGUUACGAACUACCACUUCUUGUGAGGCUCGGUGUCUACAGCGGCAUUGCCUUCAUUGCAAUUUGGAUGGACGCUAUUUACAAAUAUGUAGGAUUAGCUUUGGACUAG